UUGAAACAAGUUUCGGAAUCACAACGGGAGGCAGCUGGGGAUAGCAUAUAGACACAUAUAAUAAACGAGGAUAUAUCGGGAUAAACUAGAAGCGAUUGCUAACUUAACCUGGAACCAAAUGGAAAUCCAUUCGGAGGUUGGGAAUCCCACGAGUAGCAGCAGUGAGGAAACGAGUUCCUGUGGAACGGAUAGCGAGGAUGAAGCCAACAGCACAUCCGAUCCGGAGGCAAAUGAGAAGGUUGGAAUCGCCGAUCGCCAGAGGAGCAGGUAUACUCCACUUUCCGGGGACUCGGACAACGACUGGGAUGAGGGAGGGAUCUUCUGCGAGGAGGCCAUCUCCUUGUUGGCCCACGAGAUCCUCUGCUGCGAAACGGACUCCGAAUCGGAAUCGGAUGACAAUGGGGCUAAGGACAAUGGAAAGAUAGAUGGCAUCCUGGAGUACGGACUACAGAAUCCCUACAAACUCAUGUUGAGCGAAGAGGACGAAGAUCCCAACGAGAAUUUUGAGGAGAAGGAAACAAAUCUCCUGCUAAAUAAACAAAGUGAGGAGAAGUAGGAUCCGGAAAAGGAUACAAUUAUAUUUUAAUAUUUUGAUUUGGUAACUCUGUCUACUAAAAUCCCCAUACGAUUUGCACAUUUGUACAAAUAUGAAUUUCAAAUGGAAUUCAACAACCUAUGAUGGGCAGUAAAAUUAUAGCUUGAAUAUUUAAAGUUAA